GUAAUAUGCAAAUCACAUUCAGCGCUCUGUCUCUCUCCAUUCCAGUUCAGACAUGGCGGCGACGAUCUCUCAGCUCUCCUGCUUCUCUGCAGUCAACCGCAGUCUGAAGUUGCAGAGGUUAUCAUAUCUAAGCCCAUCACCGCGCUCAAAGUUUACAGUUUUGAUGAGCCUUGAAGGGCGUCAGACAGAUGCUUCCAGUUCUGAGAUUAAGGCUAGUGUAAGCUAUACAGCUGGUGCAUCUAAAUCACAAAGUGAAGGAAUAGCAAAUUCAUAUCCGGAUUUUCAAGAUGUUUCUGUAAAGUCAGGAACGGGUGAGCCAGCACCGGAAAAUGGUGUCAUUGAACAAAAAAGGGCUGCAAAAAUCCAUGAUUUUUGUUUUGGCAUUCCCUUCGGUGGACUUGUUUUGAGCGGUGGACUUCUUGGCUUUGUUUUCUCAAGAAAUCCGGUGACUCUGAGCACUGGUGUGCUCUUCGGAGGUGCUUUGCUAGCUCUCAGCACCUUUAGCUUAAAGAUCUGGAGGCAAGGGAAAUCCAGUGCACCAUUCAUUCUAGGACAAGCAGCACUAUCAGCAGUCCUCCUCUGGAAGAACUACCAGACUUAUUCACUGACAAAGAAAAUAUUUCCUCCAGGGUUUUAUGUUGCUAUUAGUGCUGCAAUGCUGUGCUUCUAUUCGUAUGUGCUGAUCUCGGGAGGAAACCCACCACCAAAGAAGCUGAAGUCAUCUCCUGGUGUUGCAUCUUGACACGAACAAAAUAGGCUUAUGUUGCUUAUGUUGACAUGAACAAAAUAGGCUUGGGAAAGUAAGUAUGAGUUGAUCAGCUAGUUUGUAUUUUAUCUUGUCUUGUAUAACUGUUUCUUUAUGUAAACGAGUGGCAGAAUUAUGCUUUCAUAGUUUAUUAUGCCACCAGUGAAAACAGCCGGUUCAAUAUAUGGCCUGUAAAUGGUGAGUGUGCCCUUUGCAUCAAAACAAGAAUAAAUACAAAUGAAUAAAGAAAAUAAUUUCUGUCUUAA